AUGUCUGACCUUGAUUAUGCCAUGCGCGUCGUGCACGCCGUCCAAGAUUCGGCCGAACAGACCUACUCCGCACUGCAUCGCAUGAAGACCCCCCAGGCGGCGUUCGAAGAGAGGCAAGCAGCAGUCAACGUCAGCAUCGACCAAGCUCUAAAUAGCCAUCAUUCUGCGCAAAGCUGCGCAGAGGCAGACAGGUUCCGAGAGGAUAUUCUACGACACAGCGCCGAGUUGCAUCAGCUCCGCCAAGAUCACCAAGCAACUCUAGACGCGAAAAACAAGGACUUUGAACACCAGCGGCGACUCGCAAUCGAGGAUCUUUGCCGCCGCCUCAUCCAUGCGGUCGGCCCGGAUUUGAUUCAGAGUGCCAUCCGGAAUUUGACAAAGAAUCCAUCAGAUGCGACCAGCAGCAACCCCACACCAGCCAACCAACCUACACCACCUGCUACCGAGCCCGAGCCUGAGGUUGUGUGUCCUGCCGAACAUCCUGCCAGAUCGCCACCCGCAUCUCCCGAGAGACCUGUACGUGCUGACGCUAGUGCCUCGUCGAAGCGUAAGCGUACUAGAACUGAUACGGAACCCGAAUCGCAUGGACGGCGCAAACGGACUGCUCCAACCGGCAAGAAGAUAUCAGUCAUGUGGUUCGACGAGGUUUAUCAGGAAGGUCACGCCGAGACAAAACACAUCAUCGUCGAGCACCCCAAAGGCACUGACCAGUGGUAUAUAAUCCGUUGCCAGCACUGCCCUCGAGAUUUCAAAGACACCCCCUUGCGCACUGCUGGGUCUCAUCUCCACAGUUCAGAGCAUGGUUAUCAGCCUAGAGAUGCUACGCACAUUGUCGAAAAUUUCGGCAUUGCUGUUUUAGACUGCAACAAAGAACUUGCAGAGAAGAAUAAUGCCGUCGCUCGUCGUGCAUUCCGCAGACAAGAAAAGGAAGGGCCCCGUCCACCAGAUGACACAGCAGCCAGUGGCAGCAGGCAUGGUCGCCGAGGCGGAGGAGACAUUGUCAGUCCAACACCGGGUCAGAUUUAUCUCGGUUACUGGGUUAAGGCCAAGAGGAGCUGGCCUGUACUCUUACUACCAACCGCGAACCUGGAGGACGUCGGCGUGCCAGAGACCCUGGAGAGCUUGGGGCUGCUGGAAAAGCUGCCCCCGUGCUAUCGCUGUGACACGACGACAAGUACGCUUGAGUGGGAAGAGGGCUUCGAAGAUGGGGGAGCAAAAGUAGCACAGCGUUGGUUCCCUGUCAUGUUUUUCGACGACGGCAUGAAGUUCCCGUCUGAAAGCGAAGUCGCCUGGCUGGCAGCAAAAGACUUGGAUGUUUUGGACAUUGAGUCGACGGCCGCGUCUGACAUUCCUCACAUUCGAUCUGUUCGGGCGUACCUGAGAGCACGAGCUCAAACUUCGUCAGAGGCGGAUCCACCUAGUGAAAUGGACGUGCAUAAUGAUGCUAUCAGCCGGCGAAAUGACGAGACGCACCACACGCCCGAGGUGGACCAGAGCAAUUUACCUGAACCCAUUAUUGUCGAGCCGUGGACUACGCGAGUGAAAGCUGGACUCGUGCCAGUCGUCGACCAACGCAGUGAACCUAUACGCCCCCCUACCCUUGAGACAUGGACUGGGGCUGCGGGAAACAGCAAUGACAACCUACGCAGGAAUUCUUUCGACAUCAUCUCAAUCAGCAGCACACCAGCAUCUGAAUCGCACGAAACACAUUUCGACGAGGCAGCUGUUCCUUCGCCCAAUAAGCUAAACAUAACAACCUCGGCGCCCGACGCCGAUGUAGAGACCACCACAUCGACCGAUAUGAGCGUCAACAACCCAGACCCGGUGAACCAAGCUAACACAAUGGUUGAGGCCACGGUGGAGCCCCAUCAUUCGGUUCCCAACCUUUCAGCUGAACCUGCUGAGGUAUCCGAAUCUCGCGCUGACUAUUUGGCAAUCAUUGCCCAGAAUGGUCUCAAAAAGAAACUCGAGCUGUCCGACUCUAUACCGCCUGGCACUGUGAAACAGGUUGCACCACGAUGCACCACGUACGCAGAUUUCAACCGCCAACCUUCACGCGGCAACCCUGCCGGUGACACCACAACGAUUCCACCGCAAGCCGAAAUUUCUCGAACCCCCUUUAGAGUUCCGAAUCCGAAUUUUCAACAUCAAGGACCAAAUACGCCUCAGGUCGAGAACAGGUCUAACAACUCAGCGAUGCCUUCAGCCCAGUCACAACCACAGCCCCAGCCCGACACCUCACCUGCUCCAUAUCACCCCAACCUAAGGAUGGAGGUGGUCCGGGAGCAGUCUACAGUCCAGGGCCCGGAUCCGAGGCGCGCAGGCCAACACGUUUCGUCGCCCAGAUGGGGUAAUCAGGGCACGGCUCCUCAUGCAAAUCAUUAUGGUGUCUCUGGUGAUAACAGAACCUGGCUUGCUGGUAAUGGGGCCACUCAAUCCCAGGCGCCCUGCCAGGGAUUCCCCCAUCUUCACCUGUCAGGAAAUACUUGGAGAAGUAUCAACGGCAUCCGUUGA